AUGCCGGGGAUAUUUCAAAAAGUUGAUGAUAUACUACAUCAUGGACAACACAAGAGACGAGUAGCUAAACCCUUGCCCAUAGAAUGGAACACAGGAGUUCUCAAGGCGGAACUCCUCGCUCAUUCGAUCUUCGCUGAGGAAGAUGAUAAACUGAAGGAAGACCUUGAUAAGACUAAAUUUGCUACGGGUACAUAUGUUGGGACCAAAAGAGCAGUUUCAGAAGUUUAUAGUCUGAUAAAUAAAACAUUUGACUCAUUUUUCGAUGUUCAUCAGUUGGAAUCUCAUCUUCCCACUGCUCCUAUUUCUCUAGCCGAAGCCAGAGAACGCUUUCAAUUCCAACCUCCCGGUUCAGACGGCUACCCUCCUCAUUUGAGUUUAGAGCCAAAAACCGAUAUCCUUCACUCCCUCAAAAUCUUCCAAGCAGAUCGUCUCUUUGCUACCGCACCCAUCAUUCAAAAAGUCAUACCAGAAAAAUUCCUAGAUUUCGCCUACGAUGAACCAAAUCAACGAUCUUUUGCUCUCAUCGAAAGUGUUAAUAAAAAGCUCUUUGAUGAAAGAAGAGAUAUUGGAAAAAUGGCUAAUGUAGGUAUGAGAAAGGAUUGGUAUUCGGAUGAAGUGUAUGCGCAACAGCAGUUUACGGGGGUUAAUCCAGUGACGAUUAAGAAGGCUAGUGAGGAGUGGAUUCGACAGUUUAAGGCGGCGGCUAGGGCGCAGGGGAAGUGGGAGUCUGUGGGUGUGAUUGAGGAGGGUGAGAGGGAUGGGGGUUUGUAUGUGCAGGAUUGUAGUUUUUUUCGAAAGUUUGCGGGGGUGGAAGAGGGGGAGCCGUUGGUGAGUGAUGAUGGGAAGAGGUUUGCGUGUGCAAGCGUUAGCCUUUUUCACCUCCUCCCAAACGGCGCUCUCCACCCCCUCGCCAUAAUCCUCGACUACAAAAUCAACAUCACCAAAUCCCUCACCCUCUUCAACAAACGUACCUCCCCCUCCUCCCCAAAAACUCACGAAUCAACCGAUUGGUCCUGGCGCUACGCAAAACAAUGCGCUCAAGUUUCCGACUGGCAUCACCACGAAUUAGGUGUUCAUCUUACACAUACACAUUUAAUCGAAGAAGGGAUAAUCAUCGCAUCUAAUCGUACACUCCCUUCCUCCCAUCCCGUCUUCAAACUCCUAUCCCCGCAUUGGUUGAAAACUCUCCCGUUAAAUGCAGCUGCGCGAGCUAGUUUAAUCCCCCAGGUCAUCGUCCACAUUAAUGGAUUAUCCGAAAAAGGAUCCCUAAGCAUGAUAAAAAACCAAUACGAAACAUUCGAUUUCAUAGGAAACUACAUACCCCAUAAUCUCGAAGCACGAGGCUUUCCCCUCAAAGACCUAGACUCAAAAAAAUUCCACAACUAUGCCUACGCAAAAAUCAUGCACCUAAUGUGGUAUACGCUCCGGCGAUUCGUCUCCGGAAUGCUGCGUCCCUCCUACCCCACCGAUCUCUCCAUCUCAAAAGAUACACACCUCCAAUCCUGGACUUUAGAAAUCCAAUCUCCCACUGGCGCAAAUAUUUCCUCUUUCCCCUCUCUCCACACUUUCGACGCACUCGUCGACGCAGUAACAAUGUGUAUCCACAUUGCCUCUACUCAACAUACCGCUGUAAAUUAUCUCCAAAAUUACUAUCUUGCUUUUAUUCCUAAUAAACCUCCUGCUUUAUUUACAUCGUUGCCUAAUUCGCUCGAAGAAUUAAAAUCUCUUAGGGAAAAAGAUCUUAUUUCUGCACUGCCGGUGGAAGAACCGAGGGUUUGGUUGCUGGGGAGUCAUUUGCCGUUUUUACUUAGUAGUGGGGUGGGGGUGGAGCAGAGUUUGUUGGUGUAUGCGGGGAGUGUUGGGGGGGUGGGGGGGGAGGGAUGGGGGAUAGGGAUGAGAAGGGAGAGGGAGAAAGAGAGGGCGGCGGGCGAGGUUUUAUGA